CCGCGGGUUACCUGCCCGGCCCAGGUGGGGCUAUGCGGAGCGGAGGAGGCUGCUUUGGAGACCGCUGCCGUUUCUGAUGGAUGUUUUUGUGUGUUUACUUCCACUCCCAGUUUCUCUUUCAUCUGAGGACGCAUCUGGCUCCAGCUCUGUUAAACUUUCUGCCUUCUGGUACCGCUUGUAGAUAACAGAAAGAAACCCGAGCCCGAAAGGCAAUUCCCCACCUUCCUCCACCUAACAUAACCUUUUCAGGAGUCUUUGAAGGUUUGCUGGUGCUCCGGCGGUGAUGGCAUUGGUGGGUUCCCUUGGGCUGUACUAAGAGCCUCUUGUUUUCCCUUUCUUCUCAGAGGCAUUUCGUCUUUAAGGGCCGGCUGCUUGCGCACACUUUUAUACCCACUGAAGUGAUCAAGAAACCAUGUUGUCUCGUGGGAGAAGUGCGUUUCUGUGCCUCGGAAUGAUCUUGAGCUUUUGGAGCUCCGCGAGUUGGAUGCCUGUUGGAGGAUGCCCUCAUAAAUGCACAUGUAUUGCUUCCAACGUGGAUUGUCAUGGACUGGGUCUCAAAACUGUACCGAGGGAUAUUCCCAGGAAUGCAGAGAGACUUGAUCUGGAAAAAAAUAACAUCACAAGAAUCAUGAAGACGGACUUCACAGGACUGAAGAAUCUCCGUGUCUUACACUUGGAAGAAAAUCAGAUUAGUGUGAUAGAACGUGGAGCAUUUCAGGAUCUAAAACAGCUUGAACGGCUGCGUUUAAACAAGAACAAAUUGCAAGUUCUUCCAGAGCUGCUUUUUCAGAACACGCAGAAGUUGACGAGAUUAGACCUAAGUGAAAACCAGAUAAAAGGAAUCCCUAGAAAGGCCUUUCGAGGAAUCAUUGAUGUGAAGAACUUGCAGCUGGACAACAACCACAUCAGCUGCAUCGAAGAUGGAGCCUUCCGAGCCCUGCGUGACCUGGAGAUCCUUACUCUCAACAACAACAACAUCACCCGCAUUCCUGUUACCAGUUUCAAUCACAUGCCAAAGAUCAGGACUCUACGGCUUCACUCCAACUUCUUGCACUGCGACUGCCACCUGGCCUGGCUGUCGGACUGGCUGAGGCAGAGACGCACCAUCGGGCAGUUCACCUUCUGCUUGGCACCUGUAAACCUGCGGGGUUUUCUUGUGGCAGAGGUUCAGAAGAAAGACUUUGUCUGCUCUGGUUCCCAGUCUGAACCUCCAUCAUGCAGUGCCAGUUCCAUCACUUGCCCAUCUGCCUGCACCUGCAGCAACAAUGUGGUGGAUUGUCGAGGAAGAGGCUUAACAGAAAUUCCAGCUAACCUACCAGAAGACAUUUGGGAAAUACGUUUGGAACAAAAUCUCAUCAAAGUCAUUCCCCCUGGAGCUUUUACCCAGUACAAGAAGCUUAAAAGAAUAGACAUCAGCAAGAAUCAAAUAUCUGAAAUUGCGCCUGAUGCAUUCAAAGGCUUGAAGUCUCUCGUUUCAUUAGUGCUGUAUGGAAACAAGAUCACAGAGAUUCCCCAGGGCCUUCUUGAUGAUCUUGUAUCUCUGCAGCUGCUGCUUCUCAAUGCCAAUAAAAUCAACUGCCUGAGGGUAAACACAUUCCAAGGUCUGCAUAAUCUCAAACUGCUAUCUCUUUAUGACAACAAACUGCAGACCAUCAGCAAGGGGCUUUUUGCACCUCUCCGAUCGAUACAGACGCUACAUUUAGCUCAGAAUCCAUUUGUGUGCGACUGCCAUUUGAAGUGGCUGGCUGAUUACCUGCAGGAUAAUCCGAUAGAAACCAGCGGCACUCGGUGCAGCAAUCCGCGUCGCCUUGCCAACAAACGCAUCAGCCAGAUCAAGAGCAAGAAGUUCCGCUGCUCAGGCUCAGAGGAUUACAGAAGUAAAUUCACCGGGAAAUGUUUCAUGGACCUUGUCUGUCCAGAGAAGUGUCGCUGCGAGGGAACAAUUGUAGACUGCUCUAACCAAAAACUAAGCCGGUUACCCACUCACCUUCCUGAGUACACUACUGAUCUGCGUUUGAAUGACAAUGAUAUUUCUGUUCUGGAAGCUAUUGGACUCUUCAAGAAAUUGCCCAACCUCAGAAAAAUAAAUUUAAGCAACAAUAAAAUCAAGGUACGAGAAGGCACAUUUGAUGGAGCUUCAGGAGUGCAGGAACUGAUUCUGACAGAGAAUCAACUGGAAUCAGUGCAUGGACGAAUGUUUAGAGGCCUCACAGGGCUAAAAACCUUGAUGCUGAGGAGCAACUCUAUCAGCUGCAUAAACAAUGACACCUUUGCAGGACUAAGCUCAGUGAGGCUACUUUCUCUGUACGACAAUCACAUCAGCACUAUCACCCCUGGAGCCUUCAGCACGUUGGUCUCUUUGUCCACAAUUAAUUUGCUGGCUAACUCCUUUAAUUGUAACUGCCAUUUGGCCUGGCUGGGAAAAUGGUUAAGAAAGAAGAGAAUUGUCAGUGGAAAUCCACGCUGCUUGAAACCCUUUUUCUUAAAGGAUAUUCCAAUCCAAGACGUAGAUGUCCAAGACUUCACCUGCGAUGGUAAUGAUGAAAGCAGCUGCUUGCUUUCACCUCCUUGUCCUUCCCAGUGUACUUGUGUGGACUCAGUGGUACGGUGCAGCAAUAAAGGACUGAGGACAUUGCCCAAAGGCAUUCCCAAAGACAUGACAGAGCUAUACCUGGAAGGAAACCACCUGACAGCUGUGCCAAAGGGGCUCUCCAACUUCAGACACCUGACACUCAUUGAUCUGAGCAACAACAGCAUAAGCAUAUUGGCAAAUUACACCUUCAGCAACAUGACUCAAUUAUCAACACUCAUCCUGAGUUACAAUCGGCUUCGGUGCAUUCCCAUCCACGCAUUCAAUGGACUCAGGUCUCUCCGAGUGCUGACACUCCAUGGAAAUGAUAUUUCCAGUGUUCCUGAAGGUUCUUUCAAUGACCUGGUAUCUCUGUCUCAUCUAGCUCUAGGUACCAACCCCUUGCACUGUGACUGCAACCUCCGCUGGCUCUCUGAGUGGGUGAAGGCUGGGUACAAAGAGCCUGGGAUAGCCCGAUGCAGUGGGCCGGACACCAUGGUGGACAGGCUGCUGCUCACAACACCAACUCACCACUUCCAGUGCAAAGAGCCAGCAGAUAUCAGUGUUGUGUCCAAGUGUAACCCCUGCCUCUCCAAUCCCUGCAAGAACAAUGCGAUGUGCAGCAAUGAUCCAGUGGAAUUUUAUCAAUGCACUUGCCCUUUUGGCUUCAAGGGUCAAGACUGCAGUGUGCCCAUCAAUUCUUGCAUUCAAAAUCCAUGUCAGAAUGGAGGGACCUGCCACCUCACCGAGGCAAACAAAGAUGGAUUCAGCUGUUCUUGUGUCCUUGGGUAUGAGGGGGAGAGGUGUGAAAUCAACCCAGAUGACUGUGAAGAUAAUGACUGUGAGAAUAACUCUACAUGUGUGGAUGGGAUCAACAACUACGUCUGUCUCUGCCCUCCGAAUUACACAGGUGAACUGUGUGAUGAGGUGAUUAACCACUGUGUUCCUGAGCUAAAUCCAUGUAAACAUGAGUCCAAAUGUCUUCCCCAUGACAAAAGAACCAGAUGUGAAUGCUUGCCAGGUUACAGUGGCAAACACUGUGAAAUAGAUGAUGAUGACUGUGUGGGCCAUAAAUGUCACCAUGGAGCUGUCUGCAUAGAUGCAGUCAAUGGCUACACCUGCAUCUGCCCUCAGGGCUUCAGUGGUCUUUUCUGUGAAACUCCUCCCCCAAUGGUUCUGCUCCAGACUAGCCCGUGUGACAACUACGAGUGCCAGAAUGGGGCCCAGUGCAUCGUGGCACACCAGGAGCCAGUCUGCCGCUGCCUUGCCGGCUUUGCUGGGCAGAAGUGUGAGAAGCUCAUCACUGUCAACUUUGUUGGGAAGGAUUCCUAUGUCGAGUUACCAUCAGCCAAAUUUCGCCCUCAGGCAAACAUCUCCCUUCAGGUAGCAACUGACAAGGACAAUGGCAUCUUACUAUACAAAGGAGACAACGAUCCUUUGGCUCUGGAGUUGUACCAAGGACAUGUGAGGCUCAUCUAUGACACGCUGAAUUCUCCACCCACCACAGUAUACAGUGUGGAAACAGUGAAUGAUGGGCAGUUUCAUAGUGUGGAACUUGUGAUGCUGAAUCAAACUCUGAACCUGGUGGUGGACAAGGGAACUCCCAAGAGCCUAGGAAAACUCCAGAAACAGUCUUCUGCCAGCCUCAACACUCCCCUCUACAUUGGAGGGAUCCCGACCUCUACUGGAUUAUCUUCAAUGCGCCAGGGUGCAGAUAUGACACCAAAUGGUUUUCAUGGAUGUAUUCAUGAUGUCCGCAUCAAUAAUGAGCUGCAGGAUUUCAAGGAUUUACCACAGCAGUCACUAGGAGUCCUUCCUGGCUGCAAAUCCUGUAACAUCUGCAAGCAUGGUAUUUGCCGGUCCCUGGAGAAAACAAGUGUAAUUUGUGAAUGUCACCCAGGCUGGAUGGGCCCCCUGUGUGACCAGGAGAUUGAAGACCCAUGUCUUAACCACAAGUGUCUGCAUGGGAAAUGCAUGGUAGCCAAUGUUGCUUACACCUGUAAGUGCAUGGAGGGCUACACAGGCAUGUACUGUGACAAGAAGAACAAUUCCUCAAAUCCCUGCAGGAUUUUGAAAUGCAACCAUGGGCAGUGUAAGAUUUCUGAGCACGGGGAACCCUACUGCGAGUGUGAUCCUAACUAUGGUGGAGAACAUUGUGACAGAGAGAAUCCCUGCCAAGGAGAGGUAAUUCGAGAAGUAGUCCGGAAGCAGCAGGGCUACACUUCAUGUGCCACUGCCUCCAAAGUCUCCCGCCUGGAGUGUCGUGGCAGCUGCAGCAGUGGGCAGUGCUGCGUCCCUUUGCGGAGCAAGAGACGGAAAUAUUUCUUCCAGUGCCUGGAUGGCUCCACCUUCACGGAAGAACUGGAGAGACAUGUGGAAUGCGGUUGCUCAAAAUGCUUAUAAGACAUUCUCCAGUCUCUUGCCACUUUAAUCGACUCAGAAGCGCUAUCAAAACGGGACCUGUUUACUUUCAGAGUGAAGAAGAAGAAAAGAAUUAUUAAUUAUAUUGUAAAAUAAACAAAAAAUAGAACUUAUUUUUGUUAUGGAAAGUGACUAUUUUCAUCUUUUAUUACAUAAAGUAUCGCACCACUUUGAGUAUAUGCAUCAUAUAGU